AUGGCUUUCUGCAUCACGUUUGGAACCCAUGAGUUCUCCUCUCAGCUCGAGGGCUAUGAGAAUGUUCGCGCGUACUGUUACAACUGUCAACAUUGGAAUGGCCACUGCAUCACCCGUUGGCCAUUUUUCACCGUUUGCUUUAUUCCCUUGAUUCCCCUUUCUUUCCACAAGUACAAGGAGGUCGUUUGCCACACAUGCCGCGUCUCCCAAGAUUUGGAGGACCGGCCGGAUAUCACCCCUGAAACGAGGCCUCCAGCAGGUAUGCAAUAUGGCAUCCAGCCGCCUCCUGGAGCCCAUUGGCAACAGCAGCCUAUUCAGCAGCCACCUCCUCAAGCGCAAGGAGGAUACGGCUACAAAUGA